CCCUCAUCAGUUCAUCCACAAAACACAAGCUAAAGCAGCACCACUACACCUAGCCAAGAAACGAGUAGCGAAACAAACCAUGGUUAGUCCCAAGAGACUUGCUCAGAUGGCAAAGAAGUGGCAGAGGAUUGCGGCCAUGGGGAGGAAGAGGCUCACCCGGACAGCGGUAGCAGCGAAAGGAGCAGCCUACGAUGAGUGCUGCACAGCAUCAUCGGUGGCGAUGAAGGGCCACUUCGUGGUGUACACUGCCAAUGGGGCACGGUUUGAGGUGCCGCUGGCGUACCUCGGCACGGUGGUCUUCGGCGAGUUCCUGAGGAUGUCUCAGGAGGACUUUGGCUUUGUGGGCAGCAAAGACGGGAGGAUCACACUGCCCUGUGAUUCCGCGGUCAUGGAGUACGCCAUCUCCUUGCUCCGGAAAGAUGCAUCCACGGAAGUCGUGACGGCGUUCAUGAGCUCCAUUGUGAGGCCAUGCAGCUCUGAUGGCUGUGUGGUGGCACCAUACGUAGAUCUUAACCAGCAAGUGGUUGUUUGUUAGCUUCUGAAGAACUGCCGCUGUAUUGCUAGCUUUAGCCCUGUUUUGU